ACCAGUCUUUAUUGAAUACUCCGCCAUUUUGCGCGGAAUACAGAAUCAAAACCGAAAUUAAGCAAUGAAAGCUCUAAUCCAGCGCGUAUUAAACGCUAAAGUUACAGUAAAUGGCGAUGUGGUAAGCGAAAUAGGUAAGGGUCUUUGUGUCCUCGUUGGAAUAUCUCGUGACGAUAACAAAAAGGAUAUGGAGUUUAUUGUUAGGAAGAUUCUUAAUCUUCGUGUGUUUGAUGAUGAAAAUGGAAAAAGAUGGGCUAAAAGCGCAAAAGAUUUGAAUCUCGAAAUAUUAUGCGUUAGUCAAUUUACCCUGUAUCACGUACUCAAGGGAAAUAAACCAGACUUUCAUAAUGCAAUGACUGCGGAACAAUCCGAAAAAUUUUACAAUGAAUUUCUUGAUGAAAUGAAGAAAAAUUACAAACCAGAAGCAAUUAAAAAUGGUCUAUUUGGUGCGGAUAUGCAAGUACAUAUACAAAAUGAUGGUCCAGUUACAAUUGAUGUCGUUAGUCCUCCCAAGAAGCCUGCAAGAAGCCAAGUAGAAGGUGCUAGCUCAUCUAAAAGAGACGACGUAUCCUCAACGUCCGAAAUGACCUAG